GUGCUAAGCAACGAACGCGCCCCUCCAGGGCCCGAUCCCGAGUCCGCCGGCGCAGGGGCGCACGGAACGGUGAGCAGAGCGUGCGCCGCGGGGAACGGAGCGGGAACCUCGCCGGAGGAGAAGGGACUCGCGCGCAGGACUGGGGGCGCGCGGAGGGGAGAGCAGAGGUGGCUUGUCAUCCAGAAGCUGGGAGCAGGCGAGCCAUCAGAGCUUGCGGAUGAGGAAACCAAGGCUCAGAGAGAUGGAGCAACUUUCUGAUGGUCACACAGCUGAAAGCGGCAGCACCAGGACUGGAACUUGGUCCCCUGAGCCCAGAGUCUGUGUUCCUCCUGCUCUGCUUCAUGACCACCCCCUGUGGAACCUUCUGGUUUGAGCCACAUUCCCUCCUGCUGGUGAAAUUGGAUUGACAGUAAAUACGGGGGCAUCGGCCAGCCUGAGGCGGUUUCUGCUUAUGAAGCGGAGAGUGGAACAGUGUUGGCAGUGGCUUCAGGGCCUGACACCUCCCCUUCCGCUCCUCCCCAGGGCGAUUCUGUGUCCUUUGUGAAGUAAAGUAGCCCGUCUUAUCUAGGUCACAGACUGCACUUCUGACCUCACAGUAGCUGCCCUUUCUGGGGACUCAGAGCUCCUCCCAGGGACCUCCUGCCUGCUGGUUGUUCUUUCUCUCCCUACUCGGCAGGAAGUGUGUGUGUGAGCUAAGGGCCUCAGCCCCCUUUACCGCCAGGACAUCAAGCUCCUCUCAAGCCUGGUGACCCCAGGACCUAUUGUCCAACCUCAUCCAACUGGAGAUCUUAGGACGAAAGUCUGUUGAACAUAAGGGCUGGUAUUUUGUCACAGCAAUGGAAAGCUGACGAACACAGGUCCCCAGGAUGGAGACGGAAUAUCUGAAGAAAUGCUUUGGAAAUUCCCUGUCCAAGGCACUGGCAGAAGUGGCAAGUGUUCGGCCCAGUGAUCCAAUAGAGUACCUGGCUCGCUGGCUUUAUCAUUACAGGAAAAUAGCUAUAGCAGAUGAAAAGAAUAGGCAAGAACAGAUCCAGCUGAAGAAGGAAGUUGAUAAUAGCCUCCAGGAAAUGGAAAUGGCACAAAUGAUGAAAGAAGAGGAGCUUCAGAUUCAACAGAAGUAUGAAGAGUGUCACAAGGAAGUGAUUUCCCCGACUGUUUCCAAAAAGAAAGUCAUAUUCAUGCAGGAAGACCCAGAAAUCGUUGAGGAGGAGGCCUUGGAGGAGGAACCCCUGCCGGAUACUGACAGUAUGAGUCCGUCAGUGCCUCAGCAGAGUCCUCCUCCAGAGCUAGCUUACUAUUCUGACCUGAACUUGGACUCCCCAUAAGAAACAAAUCACCAGGAGGCUUUUCCCCGAGAUGUUACUGAUUUAAAUGCCUCCUGGCUCCAAAUCUUCUUAAAUUAUCAGAAUGGGAAGAAUUUGAAUGACUUUCCCCCCACAUUGCAAUCCAAGAAAAUAACCCUGCAAGGAGAGGUUGGAGGGACUCUGAAAGGAGAGAUCUGC